AUGGAAAUCAAUAAUAACAAUUAUAAUGAGAGAGAUGAUCAUGGCUUCAUCAAUUUGGUGUUUUCAUGGUCCCGUCAAGACGACAUCUUUAAUCACAAUCUCUACAGGCAUCAGGUGGAGACGAUUCCGGAUGUGUUUGGAAAUGUCGAUGAAUAUCUUGGUUCAUAUUUCUUCCCAUUUCUGGAAGAAACUCGCUUCGAACUGGCUUCUGCCUUCGAGGAUGCCUACAGAGCACCAUAUGCGAAUGUAACUCGGCUUCAUGAGUGGAAGAAGAAGGAUAAAUUUUACGACGUGAACGUAGAUCAUUGGAGGAACAUUGUCAAAGAUAGCGAUGGAAAACGAUACAGAACCUUGCCGGGGGACAUUCUCCUGAUUUCGGACAGGAAACCAGAAACUGAAUCUGAUAUGCGGCGUACUGGUUGGACUUAUACAUUGGCAUCUGUAAUACAAGUUUCUGACAAACAAGGUGAUGACGAUGAAGAAGGUGACGAUGCCAUUUCAUCACCCGUUGCAUUCAAAAUGGAAACAGCUGUCGCCAUGGACGUCGAGUUUGUAAAAAACAGGUCAUUUUAUGUCAUUCACUUAAUGAAUGUGACCUCCAAUAAAAGAAUCUGGAAUGCACUUAGGAUGCAUCGGAAUAUGAAGAUCAUCUCAAAAGUGUUGGACAGGAAUGCCUUGGAUGAUGAAGUCUGUGAAUUCUGUCAUCCCAAAUCAGAGGGCGAAAUGGGAGAGAUUCUUGGCUCUGUUUUAAUGUCGAAGCUGAAUGAAUCACAGAGGGAGGCGAUUUUCGCGACUCUGUGCAAAAUCGAAUGUGACCACAAGCCAUCUGUGGAGCUCAUCUGGGGGCCUCCAGGAACUGGAAAAACUGCUACACUAAGUAUGUUGUUGUUUGGGCUAUUGAAAAUGGGCGUUAGGACAUUAGUUUGUGCACCGACGAAUGUGGCGAUUACUGAACUGGCCUCGCGGCUUGUGGCAUUGGUGAGGAACUCUGUCGAGGAUGACGUGAUUUGUCCUUUAGGGGACAUUCUUCUCAUGGGAAAUAAGGAUAAUCUGAAAAUUGGAUCAGACAUUGAGGAGAUCUUCUUGGAUAACCGUGUUAAAGCUCUCUUCAAUUGUUCCCUUGCUGCAACUGGCUGGAGGGGAUCGGUUUCGGCCAUGCUUGAUUUUCUUAACAAUGCUGUGGCUCAACACGAAGUCUAUGUAGAAAAUGAGCUCAUCAAAGUGAAGGAGGGUCUACAUGAUGAUGGCCAGGAACCUGCUAUCAAAUCAUUUCUAGAAUUCGCCAGGGAAGGAGUCGAAAAGGUGGCCCCAAAUCUACGAAGUUCGCUGAUAACAUUAGUUACUCAUCUCCCAAGAAGUUGCAUUUCCGAGAGCAAUGCUCAGAUGAUUGAGCAGGUAAUAUCUCUUCUUGAGUCCAUGAAAAUUUUGUUGUUAGAUGAUCGUAGCAUGACAUCCGAGAAGUUGAAGAGGAUCUUUGAAGCAAGUGGUUCGGAGGAGUCAGUAAGCGCAUCAUCCUUUGUACGUAUCAGAAGCCAGUGCAUUUCGAUUUUGAAGUAUCUGAACUCGUCCCUCACCGAGCUUGUUAACAAUGGAAUUGCAAGCAAAGAUUCAUGUAUAAAAAAUGCUAGGUUAAUAUUUUGCACGGUUUCAUCCUCCUACAAGCUGCAUUCAGUUGAUACGGAGAAAUUUAAAUUGUUGGUCAUCGAUGAGGCUGCGCAAGUGAAGGAGGCUGAAUCGAUCAUCGCCCUUCAGAUCCCUGAGGUGACACAUUGUGUUCUUGUGGGCGACGAAUGCCAACUAACUGCGAUGGUCAGCAGCGAGUUGGCUAAAGAAGCUGGCUUUGCAAGAAGUCUUUUCGAAAGAUUAAGCUCAUUGGGUCAUAAGAAACAUUUACUUAACAUGCAAUACAGAAUGCAUCCAUUAAUUAGUCGGUUCCCCAAUUCGACUUUCUACAGCAACCUCAUAUUAGAUGCACCUGUUGUGCGACGUGAAAGCUAUGAGAGAGACUACCUUGAAGGUAGGAUGUUCGGUCCUUAUUCCUUCAUGGACAUUCGUGGAGGAAAAGAGGAAUUUGACGAGGUCCGCCGCAGUAGAAGGAACUUGGUCGAGGUAGCCGUAGCUGUGAAUAUUGUGCAUAAACUCUUUAAAGCAUGGAAGUCUAAAUCUCCUACAGAGAAACUUAGCAUUGGUUUAGUGUCUCCCUACAAUGCUCAAGUUGCGGCUAUUCGAGAUAGACUUGGAAAGAAGUAUGAAAAUUUUGAUGGCUUUGUUGUUAAGGUGAAGUCCGUCGAUGGGUUUCAAGGCGGCGAAGAAGAUGUCAUAAUCAUAUCAACUGUAAGGUCGAAUAACAUUGAAUCCAUUGGUUUCUUGUCUAGUCUUCAACGAGCAAACGUUGCAUUGACCCGAGCACGGCACUGUCUCUGGAUUUUAGGAAACGAAAGAACAUUGUGCAAACCAGGUUCAGUAUGGGAAGCUUUGAUAAAUGAUGCCAAGCUUCGUGACUGCUUCUUCAUUGCCGAUGAAGAUGAAGAUAUUGGAAAGACUAUCGUAGAUGUCAAGAAAGAUUUGGAUCAGCUCGACGAAUUUCUCACUUCGGACAGUAUACUAUUUCAAAAGUGCAGAUGGAAGGUUAUAUUCAGCGACAACUUCCGAAAGUCAUUUCAGAAGUUGAAGCCUUCAUAUGUUAAGAGGCUCGCAGUGAGUCUAUUAAUUAAACUUGCAAGUGGCUGGAGGCCGAAAAUAAAUGUCGACUGGACCUGUGAGAACUCUUUGCAUAUUGUGAAACGAUUCAAGGUUGAGAGGUACAACAUUUUGUGCACCAUUGAUCUCACAAAAGAGUCGAACUACAAGCAAGUUUUGAAAGUUUGGGACAUUUGUCCGGAGGCAGAGGAUCGAAAAGCCUUGGAACGCCUCGAUGCAAUAUUUGCCAUGUUUACGGAUGAUUUUAUCAGCCACUGCAACGAGAAACUAGUCGAGGGGACUUUGGAAGUUCCGAAGACUUGGUUGAAAGGUAAGGAUAUAAUCCGUUACAAGAAUGCAAGUGAUGCUAACUCCAGCGACAGCAAAAGUGCUUCUGCUGCCGACUGCGGAAGUUGUGUUGAGAAUUCGAAAGUUAAUGAAAGCUUGCUGUUGAUGAAAUUUUAUUCCUUAUCAAGUGACACUGUCAAUCAUUUACUGUCUGAUGCCGAGGAUCAAGAAGUUGAUCUCCCGUUUGAGGUCACCGAUGAGGAGCGUGACAUCAUAGGAUUUUGUCGGAGCAGCUUCAUACUGGGAAGAUCUGGCACAGGAAAAACAACUAUUUUAACUAUGAAGCUUUUCAUGAAGCUACAGCAGUACUGCAUUGUUUCUCGAGAUUUUCCAAUGUCGAUUGGAUUGAGGGGCAGUGUUGACAAUGUUUUGCGCCAGCUUUUUGUUACCGUUAGUCCUAAGCUCUGUUUUGCGGUAAGAAAGCACGUAUCUCGGCUGAAAAGGUUUGCAAGUGGAGGCUUCGUUGGAGAUGACGAUGUCGAAGACAUAGAUGACAUGAUCGGGUUUAAAGAUAUUCCGGACACUUUUGUUGGCAUCAGUGCAGACAAAUAUCCACUGGUAAUAACAUUUCACAAGUUUUUGAUGAUGCUCGAUGGCACGAUUGGGAAUUCAUAUUUCGAGAGGUUUCGUGAGCUCCGAUGUUCCCCUCAAGAUGAUGGUGGAAGAUCAGUUGCGCUGGAUGCGUUCCUAAGGAAUAAUGAGGUCACCUUCGACCACUUCCGGUCGUCCUACUGGCCUCAUUUCAAUUCUAAUCUCACAAAGAGCCUUGAUCCUUCGAGAGUGUUCACUGAAAUCAUGUCUCAUAUCAAAGGAGGUCUUCCGGAAGGUGAAAACUGCGACAGCAAGAGAAGCAGAGAUGCUUACCUUUCUUUGUCUGACAAUCGAGUGUCGACAUUAAGUGUAGACCAAAGGGAUAUGAUAUAUGACAUCUAUGAGAGCUAUGAGAAAAUGAAAAAGACUCGCGGCGAAUUUGAUAUGGCAGACUUUGUGUUGGAUGUUCAUCGCCGGCUGGAAGAAUCAGGGGAUCUUCCCGGCGACAAAAUGGACUUUGUCUACAUUGAUGAGGUGCAGGACCUCACCAUGAGACAAAUAUGCCUUUUCAGGUAUAUAUGCAGCAAUGUCGACGAAGGUUUUGUUUUCUCUGGCGACACAGGGCAGACUAUUGCUCGAGGGGUAGACUUUCGGUUUGAAGACAUUAGAUCUUUAUUCUACAAUGAGUUUUACAUGAAGUCGAACAGCUCUAAAUCUUCGGAAAGAAAUGUGAAAGGGGUGAUAUCUGAUAUCUUUAGCCUAUCACAAAAUUUCCGGACUCACAUUGGAGUACUUAGAUUAGCACAAAGUGUAACUGACCUCAUUUCCCAUUUCUUCAUACAAUCCAUUGAUGUUUUGGCUCCAGAGACGAGUCUCAUAUAUGGCGAGCCCCCUAUUUUUCUGGAACCUGGCUGCGAUGAGAACUCGAUUAUACCAAUUUUUCAGAAUAGUGCUAGUGCCGGUGAACAAUGGGUUGGAUUUGGCGCAGAUCAGGUCAUACUCGUAAGAGAUGAUUCUGAAAAAAUGGAAAUCUCGAAGUAUGUUUGCAAUCAAGCUCUUGUUCUCACGAUACUUGAGUGUAAAGGCCUCGAGUUUCAGGAUGUUUUGUUGUACAACUUUUUUAGUUCUUCGCCUUUGAGGAACCAGUGGAAAGUUGUGUACGAAUUUUUGAAAGAAAGAGAGCUUCUUGAUGAUGACUCUCCCAAGUCCUUUCCGAGCUUUAGCCAAUCAAGGCACAAUUUGUUGUGCUCUGAGUUGAAGCAACUUUAUGUUGCAAUUACCCGAACUCGGCAGAGGCUGUGGAUCUGUGAGAACACUGAGGAAAUGUCGAAGCCAAUGCUCGAUUACUGGAAGAAACUGUGCCUUGUGCAAGUGAGGAAGCUCGAUCACUCGCUCGCGCAAGCUAUGCAAAGGGCGAGCAGCCCCGAGGAGUGGAAGUCUCAAGGAAUCAAGCUAUUUAUGGAAAAUAACUUCGAGGUUGCAUCUAUUUGCUUCGAAAAAGCCGGGGAAGUAAAGUGGGAGAAACGGGCUAAGGCUUCUGGUCUUAGAGUUUCGGCCUUAUCUUUGAGAGGUUCAAAUUCUUUCGAGGCGCGAAUGAUGCUUCGAGAAGCUGCCGAAUUAUUUCAUUCCAUUGGCAGAGAUGAAUCUGCAGCAGAAUGCUUUUAUGACUUGGAAGACUAUGAAACAGCAGGAAAUAUAUAUAGGCAGAUGCACGGCGUGUCUGAGUUAAGGAAAGCCGGCGAAUGUUUUUGUUUAGCUCGAAAUUACAAAUCUGCAGCUGAAGUUUUCGCGGAGGGGUACUUUUUCAAGGGGUGCUUGACUGCCUGUGUUAAUGGAGGCCUUCUCGACCUGGGGUUGCAAUUCAUCGAGUCGUGGAAGCAGGAAGCGACACGAAGUAGCUCAAUCGUGGCGAAAGCCAAUGAGAUCAACAAUAUUGCAUAUGAAUUCUUGGUAAAUUGCGCCGAGAUCUUUCACAAGAGAAAUGACAGUGUAAUGAUGAUGAAGUUCAUCGGAGCUUUUCCAACAAUGGAGUCCAAGCGCAGCUUCUUAAGGUCUAAAGAACGCCUCCACGAUCUAUUAGUUUUGGAGGAAGCAUUGGGAAACUUUGACGAGGCCGCAGGUAUUGCAAAGCAUCUUGGGAAUACUAUGCGUGAGAUCGAUAUACUUGAAAAGGUAGAACAGUUCAAAAAUGCUGCAUCACUUGCUCUGUGUUAUGUGCUAUCGAAUUCUCUAUGGCUGCCCGGAGGAGGUAAGGAAUGGCCACUCAAAUCGUUCCCGGAGAAGGAAGUCUUUUUAGCUAAAGCAAAAUCGAUUGCGCAGAGAGUUUCCGAAGCAUAUCAUUCUUCAGUCUGCUCUGAGGCGCGAGUUUUGUCCCAUGAGACGACAAGCCUACCUGAAUCGAUGCAGUGCUACAUCGAUUCGAAGAAAAAUGGGACUGAUGUAGGCGAAGUUAUCGCCAUCCGGAAGCUUCUAGAUGCUCACUUUGAAGUACUUCCUGCGAAUCUGAAAGGCGAGGACGAAGUUGAUGUUACUCCAGAUUUGUUUGAGGCAAGGAUUUUGCGGAAUCAUGUCUCGAUUGCUACGCUGUUUUACGUCUGGAAUUUAUGGAAGGCGAAGAGUUUGGAGAUCUUGGAAUGCUUGAACUCACUCGGGAGUAUGGUAUUCAUCGAAUGCGAAGGCUUUGUUCGAUUUUGCUUCAACUAUUUCGGAGUGAGGUUGCUCGAUGAUACGAGUUUAAAAUGCAUUGUGCUGAAUCGUAAUGCCGCGUGGUUGAAGAAUGUCGACGGGAACUCUGUGAUGCACAGCGGAAAGCUAAUGACACUCGAUGCUCGCCAUUUUGCAUCCGCAGCUCGGAAGCAUUGGCAGCAGGAAUUUCUUUCUGUGGGAUUACGGGUGCUGGAAAUUCUGAAAUCAUUUUACACGCAUCCUGCGUCGAAAGGCUUGUCCAAAGACUGUUUGAGCGUCUGCCUGAUUUAUAUUUUCGACAUUGCGAAGUUCUUCAUCGAGAACAAAUCGUAUGAUGCGAGAAAACCCGAAGCUGGGAAGCUGCAACACUAUGUGUCCCUUUCGACGAAUUACUUUGAAAACGCUUUCCCUUUGGAUCCGCGGCAGUCCUUGUCCGAAAACAUGGUUUAUACGAGGGCAACUCAACUUUCGAAGAAUCUUCUCGAGCAUGUCAUCUAUUCAAAUAUUAUACAUUCGCGGUAUAACAUCACGUACAGGCAAUUCGGACAAGUCGCGAUGAUCCUUCUGGGAUCGGGCUUGCCUUCCGGCGACAUUUGUUCCCUAAUUUCCGAAAAGUUUGGGAUGAGUUCGACAAGUUUGAGGCCUUUCUUUGAGAAUCUUGUCGAUUAUUUGCGAUCUGGAUGCGUAGACGGAGUGAGUUUCUGGCUUUACAGAGCAUUAGAGGAAGCUUACAAUGUGAACUGGAUUUCGAAGGAUUAUAUAUCUCCGAAGUGUUUCUUCUAUCUCGUCGAAAGGCUUUUGAUUUUGGUUCCUUACGGUUCGAGCUUCUUCUUCGCUUCGAAAUCUUCAUUUUCCGAGUAUUUAUUGUGUCUGAAUUCUGAUGCGAAUCCGGCUGCAUUGUUGCUUUCGAAGGAGCAGCCCGACGCAAGACAUGCUCUGAGUUUUGUCUACGACUGCAUUCAUCGAUGUCUGAACGACGCUAUGUGGACUGGGAAUUGGAUCGAGGCUUCGGGGAUCGACUGCAAGUACUAUUUUCGAGUGCUGCUGCUGAGGUUGUUUGUGAUUCUCCUUGUUCUAUGUCUGAACUCGGGGUUCGAGAUGUAUGCGGUUACUAAGUUGCUGAGACUGCCGUACAUCAGAUCAGAGCUGCCGAAUAAAUUUUGUAAUGUGCUUUGUAAUGGGAGGAUAUACAACGAGGAGUCGAAGGUGGAUGUUGUUGCGGCGGCGUUCAAGUGUGUCGGCGAUCCUCUUGUGGUAGUUUCGGUGACUGGGAAUUGCCCGAAAUGGUUGUGUCCGAAGGAUGCCAUUGCAAUGGAACUGGAGUCGUUUAAGACGCGCGAAGAGGCCGUAAGAAGGCUUUUUCCUAGGAGAACAAAUGUCGAGCUGCUGUCUCCUCCUCCACCUGUUCUUGUCUGUGACGGGUUGAACAGCAGCAGCACCAUUGUUGAGUCGAAAUCGAAGGAUGAUAAUCCAGAUGUUGACGAAGGCGCGAAGAGUAUGGCCACUUUGGAUUCAGAUGCUGCUGCUUCUAAUGGUGAAUGCAUCAGCAAUGUUGUUGCAGACGAAGGCGACGAGGAAGACGAAGAAGAAGGUGAAAGUAGAGGUUCUACUGCUGUAGAGAUUGAAGAAGAUAAAGAAGAAGAAGAAGGUAAUUCAGGAGAUGGGGGUGGGGAAUGCAGCAGUAGUCUGCAACAUGAAAAGAAUGGGAAGAAAAAGAGUGAGACUAAGAAGAAGAAGAAUAAGAAUAAGAAGAAGAAGAAAUCAGGAAGAAGGGGAGGGUAA